GGUUCGUUGAUGACGGCGACGAUGAUUCCUUCGUAGAACGUUUACCGCGUAAGAAAGCUGGACCAUCUUCUUCGACGAAGACAUAAAAAACUCAAGCUCAGAAGCAUUAUAUACGAUUCGAGGAUACUCGCUUUGUUUUCCUGCUUAUAGCUAUUUGAUUCUAUUUCAAAUCUCAGUUUCUAGCAUAUCGAUUUGUAUUUCCAUUCCAGCGCCAUGAGUUUCAUCUUCGGGAAAAGAAAGACUCCCGCAGAGCUUUUGCGGGAAAACAAGAGGAUGUUGGACAAAUCAAUCAGAGAAAUAGAACGGGAGAGACAAAGUUUACAAUCACAGGAGAAGAAACUGAUUGCGGAGAUCAAGAAAACUGCCAAACAAGGCCAGAUGGGAGCUGUAAGGGUGAUGGCCAAAGAUCUUGUCAGAACUCGACAUCAAAUUGAGAAGUUUUAUAAGCUUAAAUCACAACUCCAGGGUGUAUCACUUAGAAUUCAGACUCUGAAAUCAACACAUGCAAUGGGUGAGGCAAUGAAAGGUGUGACAAAGGCAAUGGGGCAGAUGAACAGACGAAUGAACUUGCCAUCAUUGCAAAAGAUCAUGCAAGAAUUUGAAAGGCAGAAUGAGAGAAUGGAGUUGACGACUGAGGUCAUGGGAGAUGCCAUAGAUGAUGCUCUGGAAGGGGACGAGGAAGAAGAGGAAACAGAAGAACUGGUGAACCAGGUUCUUGAUGAGAUUGGAAUUGACAUAAACCAGGAGCUUGUAAACGCACCAUCAGCAGCAAUUGCUACUCCCGCAGUAAAAUCUAAGGUGCCUCAAGUUGAAGCUACAGGGAAUGAUGACGGUGGGAUAGAUAGUGAUUUACAGGCAAGGUUGGACAAUUUGAGAAAAAUGUAAUCUUCACUUUCCUUGGUAUAUAUACGAGCUGUAUCUGCCAUGAGAGCUUCUUUUUCUCCCUUCUCUCCCUUUCUGGGUGUAUAUAAAGCAAGUUUGAUUGUUUGAACUGUGUUUCAUCACUCACUCGCACCCACGGCCCACGACUUAGAUUAUCGCAACCCCUCCUGGUUCUUUUUUCCCUUCUCCGAGGCAGAGAUACCCUUUGCAGUGUCCAUGCUGGUUAUUUGGCUCUUCUUGAACGAAUGUGUUCUUGUUGGUUUUUUCUCUGACAGCCUCUCAUAACAGCUUUGAAAUGUAUUGAUAAUGGUUUGCUGAUGUGAACAUCUCUCAAAGGGUCUGUAAGUAAUUGUUGCUCUCAACUCUUAUUUUUUUGGGUGUAUUAGGUGCCGUUAGCCAAUUAUUUUUUUAUUGACA